AUGGCCCGAGACGCGCGCGGGCCGUACCUGUGGAUAUGCCUGGCCGCAGCGCUGGCGUCCUUCCUGGCUGGAUUUACGGUGGGUUGGCUUAGUAAGCCCCUCAAAGAUCCGGGCACUUCAGCAGACAGUCACCAGAAUCUAAGGUGGAAACUGAUAUCUGAGAUGAAAGCUGAUAAUAUAAAAUCAUUUCUUCGUUCGUUUACAAAGCUACCUCAUCUGGCAGGAACAGAACAAAAUUUAUUGCUUGCCAAGAAAAUCCAAAGCCAGUGGAAGAAAUUUGGACUGGAUUCAGCCGAGUUGGUGCACUAUGACGUUCUUCUGUCUUACCCUAAUGAGACAGAUGCCAGCUACAUAUCAGUCAUGGAUGAACAUGGAAUUGAGAUUUUCAAUACAUCAUACGUUGAGCCACCACCAGAUGGAUAUGAGAAUGUUAAGAAUAUUGUACCACCCUACAAUGCCUUUUCACCCCCGGGUAUGCCAGAGGGGGAGCUUGUAUAUGUGAACUACGCUCGUACUGAAGACUUUUUCAAACUAGAAAGAGAGAUGAACAUCAACUGCACUGGAAAGAUUGUUAUUGCAAGAUAUGGGAAAAUCUUCAGAGGAAACAAAGUUAAAAAUGCCAUGUCGGCAGGAGCCAAGGGAAUCAUCUUGUACUCAGAUCCAGCUGACUACUCUGCUCCUGGGGUACAGCCAUAUCCCAAAGGGUGGAACCUUCCUGGAACUGCAGCCCAGAGAGGGAAUGUGUUAAAUCUCAAUGGUGCUGGUGACCCCCUCACUCCAGGCUAUCCAGCUAAAGAGUAUGCCUUCAGACUUGAUGUUGAAGAUGGAGUGGGAAUUCCCCGAAUCUCUGUACAUCCCAUUGGAUAUAAUGAUGCAGAAGUACUAUUACGCUAUUUGGGAGGAAUUGCUUCACCAGAUGAGAGCUGGAAGGGAGGUCUUAACGUGAGUUACAACAUUGGGCCUGGCUUUAUAGGACAUGAUUCUUUCAGGAAGGUUAGAAUGCAUGUUUAUAAUAUCAAUAAAAUCACAAGGAUUUACAAUGUAAUCGGAACUAUCAGAGGAUCUGUGGAACCUGACAGGUAUGUUAUUCUGGGAGGUCAUCGGGACUCCUGGGUAUUUGGAGGCAUUGACCCAACCAGUGGGGCUGCUACUUUGCAAGAAGUUGCCCAGAGUUUUGGGAAACUGCUGAGUAGUGGCUGGAGACCAAGAAGAACAAUCAUUUUUGCCAGCUGGGAUGCAGAAGAAUUUGGACUUCUGGGUUCUACAGAAUGGGCUGAGGAGAAUGUAAAAACACUCCAGGAGCGAAGCAUUGCUUAUAUCAACUCAGAUUCAUCUAUAGAAGGCAAUUACACUCUCAGAGUUGACUGUACACCCCUUCUUCAUCAAUUGGUGUAUAAACUGACAAAAGAGAUCUCCAGCCCUGAUGAUGGUUUUGAGAGUAAAUCUCUUUAUGAAAGCUGGUUAGCAAAGGACCCUUCGUCAAAAAGUAAAACUUUGCCUAGAAUCAGCAAGCUGGGAUCUGGAAGUGAUUUUGAAGCCUAUUUUCAGAGACUUGGGAUUGCUUCAGGAAGAGUCCGUUACACUAAGAAUAGGAAAACAGAUACUUACAGCAGCUAUCCAGUAUACCAUACAAUUUAUGAGACAUUUGAAUUGGUAGAGAAGUUUUAUGACCCCACGUUUAAAAAACAGCUUGCUGUGGCUCAGCUACGAGGAGCAUUGGUUUAUGAGCUUGCAGACUCUAAAGUCAUUCCUUUCAAUAUUCAAGACUAUGCAAAAACUUUGGAAAACUAUGCAAGAAGUAUCUAUAACUUAUCUAGGAAACAUGAGCAAGCAUGUAGACACCAUGGAGUAUCAUUUGAGUCCUUAUUUUCUGCUGUGAAAAACUUCUCAGAAGCUGCUUCAGAUUUCCACAGAAGACUUUCACAAGUUGAUCUGAAUAACCCCAUGGCAGUGAGAAUCCUGAAUGACCAGCUGAUGUUUCUUGAAAGAGCAUUCAUUGACCCUCUUGGUUUACCAGGGAGGCCGUUCUAUAGGCACAUCAUCUUUGCUCCAAGCAGCCACAACAAAUAUGCUGGUGAAUCAUUUCCUGGCAUCUUUGAUGCUAUGUUUGAUAUUGAAAAUAAAGCAGAUCCUCGUUCAGCCUGGAAAGAAGUGAAGAAACACAUUUCUAUUGCAGCCUUUACAAUUCAAGCAGCGGCAGGGACUCUGAAAGAAUCCUUAUAG